AAUAGUUCAAAAAAUGUAAAAAUAUAGCAAAUUAGCAAAUGUUUUCAGAAUUGAUAAUUUGAUGCCCAACAAAUCCUGCUCCAUCUCUACUGGAAUGGCUUCAUCGAAUUUUAAUGGAAAAUCAUGAUAUGAAUCUCUCCUCAACAUCUCUUUCUACAUCGACUGCAUCACCAUCAUCAUCAUCUACCACCACUUCUUGGUUCUCCAGCAUUGUCCGUGGCCGCUCAGCCAGCGUCAAGAUGGCCAGUAAAUCCUCCUCAGCCGCUACCGGAGACAGCCUCGACGGAGGAUGUGGACCCAUUAACAAGAAACGCCAGUUCCGCGGAGUCAUGUUCAAGUACGGCCCCAAGCCAAUCCAGGUUGCAUUUAAGACAGGAGAUUAUAAACAGCAAGUUAUUUUUAUUGGUGGACUGAUGGAUGGAUUUUUGGCAUCUGAAUAUUUGGAGCCUUUGGCAAUUGCUUUGGAGAAAGAACGCUGGUCACUAGUUCAAUUUCUUUUUUCAUCUUCAUACAGUGGAUAUGGCAUCUCAAGUUUGAAACAAGAUGCUUUGGAGCUUGAUCAAUUGAUUAGUUACUUGAUAAACAAGGAAGAUUCUGAAGGCGUCGUACUACUUGGACAUAGUACUGGCUGCCAGGAUAUCGUAUAUUACAUGCGAACCAAUGCAGCAUGUUCGAGAGCAGUGCGUGCUGCCAUUUUGCAGGCCCCAGUGAGCGACCGGGAAUUCAAAGCCACUCUCCCGGAAACUGCUUCCAUGAUUGAUUUAGCUUCAAUGAUGAUUAGUGAAGGUCGAGGAUUAGAAUUGAUGCCUCGGGAAGCCAAUCCAGACUCCCCAAUAACGGCCUAUAGAUAUCAUUCUCUUUGUGCAUACAAUGGUGAUGAUGACAUGUUCAGUUCUGACUUUAGCGAAGACCAGUUGAAACAAAAACUUGGACACAUGUCCAGCAUACCAUGCCUGGUGAUUUUCUCCAUGGCUGAUGAAUAUGUACCAGAUUACGUGGACAAGAAAGCAUUGGUUGAUAGAUUGUGCAGAGCAAUGGAUGGUGCAGAAAAAGCUGAAAUCGAAUAUGGAAAUCAUUCUCUAUCUAACAGAGCUGAGGAAGCUGUCCAGGCAAUAAUCGAAUUUGUAAAAAGAGAUGGACCCAAAGGAUGGGAUGAUCCAUGGAGUUAAUAUGGUGCUCUUAAGUUUUCCUGUAUGAUUUUUCUAAAUAAUUUGUUAUGCAUUACAUUAAAGGUUUGAGCAUUGAAUUCAUUUCAUCAUCGUGUAGUUCUAUUGAGAUUGAUGAUACGUUAUUCAGAAUUUUUCCCAUUGUAGUAUCUGUUGUGAGAUUUAUUUCGUUCACAUAUUUUUUGCAGUCGAGUUUUCUAUGUUAUAAAAUUCUUAAAUGUGUUUACAUUC